AUGCCAAUCCCGACAAACAACACUACUACGACGAUGAACUCGAUAGAAGAUGCAUUCAAACGACUGCCGCGGCCACAAAGAGUUCUGGAUCCUACAAGACCUCGUGUUCCGACCACGGUUGCACUUCUCGCUCAAAAGAACGGGCAUCGAGAUGACUUCAUGAAGACACAUUCUGCAGUUCCACCUUUACCAUUAUCUGAACUUCCACCAUAUCCCCAGCCUCAUUCUCCACUUUUAGCUUCUCCACUUGUGACACAUCAACCCGUACCUCGUCUUGCGAUAGGGCAUGUAUCACCGCUGCGGGAACACAAGACUGCCUUGGAAUCAAAUGUCAGCAAGGGGAGCAACCGUUCUGAGCUCUUGACGCUGGGUCAUUUCAAGCAAAACGAUAUAGAGUGGGCCGUACAAUCUAGCAAGAGGUGUAAAGGACUAGUUAUGGUAAAAAAGGUCUUCCGAAAGGAUGGGAUAGUAGAGAAGGAUAUUCUCGAGCGACUGCAGCAUCCCAAUAUCACUAAACUUGUGAGCUCCAUUUAUGAGGAUGAUAUGAUGCUUCUCACAUUUGAGUACUGCCGAUUUAGCUUAAUAGAGGUCAUGAGCGUACACAUAAAGCUGGAAGAGCUUCAAGUUCAGUGCAUUGCAACCUCAAUCUUCAACGCUCUGAGUUACCUCAGCCGACAUAAUAUCGUGCAUGGCUCUGUGGGCUCUCAUUCCAUACGAAUCACAACUCCAGAUUUUCGAAUCGUUUUGUCUGACUUUAGUAAAUCUACCGUGAAAGACAAAAAGAUACAGUCUGGUAACGAUCUUGUUGAUCUUGGCUUUGUUCUUAUGGAGUGUAUGGAAGGCCGUAGUCUUCCGCCCCACAAAAGGAGUCUUAGUUUUGUGAAAAGCCAGAGGGAGAGGAACAAGGUUUUUGGGCUACACAACGCUGAGAAUUGGAGUGGGUCAAAAAAUCUAAUAGAUUUCUUAGACGAAUUGUUCAACGAGAAGCGGAGUGCAGACGCCAAGUAUACUCGUCCACACAAGUUCGUUUCUUCCAAAAAUGAAGAUAGCGAGUGGCUACAAGCAUUCGUUGAGCUGUGUACGCUCGAGCUAUUCACGUCUUGGGUACCAAAAAUGGAGUCUUAG